ACGCGGGGCAUGGGCGGUACCGUUCUCGCGAGAGUUGGCGGGUGUAUGUGCGGGCUGCGGGCGGAAGUGCGGCCUUUUCUUGCGGCGGCGCAGCUUGGCGAGGAUGAAGCUGAACAUCUCUUUCCCAGCCACUGGCUGCCAGAAACUCAUUGAAGUGGAUGAUGAACGCAAGCUGAGAACAUUUUAUGAGAAACGGAUGGCCACAGAGGUUGCGGCUGAUUCUCUUGGUGAGGAGUGGAAGGGCUAUGUUGUCCGGAUCAGUGGUGGCAAUGACAAACAAGGCUUCCCCAUGAAGCAAGGUGUCCUGACUCAUGGACGUGUCCGCCUUCUGCUCAGCAAGGGUCACUCCUGCUAUCGCCCCAGAAGAACUGGAGAGAGGAAACGCAAAUCCGUUCGUGGUUGCAUCGUUGAUGCCAACUUAAGUGUUCUGAACUUGGUCAUAGUGAAAAAGGGUGAAAAGGAUAUUCCUGGGCUGACGGACACAACUGUGCCCCGUCGUCUUGGUCCCAAGAGGGCUAGCAGAAUCCGCAAGCUGUUCAACCUGUCUAAGGAGGAUGAUGUUCGCCAGUAUGUUGUGAGGAAGCCUCUGAACAAAGAGGGCAAGAAACCCAGAACCAAGGCUCCUAAGAUCCAGCGACUAGUGACUCCCCGAGUUCUGCAACAUAAGCGCAGACGCAUUGCUCUGAAGAAGCAGCGCACUCAAAAGAAUAAGGAAGAAGCAGCAGAAUAUGCGAAGCUCUUGGCCAAGAGAAUGAAGGAAGCCAAGGAGAAACGCCAGGAGCAAAUUGCGAAGAGACGCCGGCUUUCUUCAUUGAGAGCUUCUACAUCUAAGUCUGAGUCAAGUCAGAAGUAAAGAUGUACAUGAUGCUAAAAAUAAACCCUUUUUGUGGUUAAAUUUCA